AUGCCACAAGACCGUGACGAUACUCUUCAUGUUUGCGUGCCGCCUCUCUACUGGUACUGGAAUUAUGCCGCAUUUAUACAGUUUAUAGAGAUCUGGCGAAUGCACGGUGCAACAUUCUUCUAUAUUUAUUAUGAAUCAGUAAGCGCGCAAGUGAUGGAUGUUCUACGGAUUUAUGAAAACAUGGGUGUGAUCCAGAUAAUCCGUUGGCAGAUGAUGCCAUGGUCAAAAUCUGUGGAUCCCAACCGGUGGAUCUAUCGUUUCGGGCAUACGCUCAGUUUCAAUGAUUGCGCAUGUCGUACUACAGCUAAAUAUGUCGCGCUUGUCGACACUGAUGAGUUCAUCAUUCCCAGCACUGGUAUACUGCUCUCAUAUCUGCGGCAACAGCAUGCAAAGAAUGAUACUGCUGGCAGUUUUGUGUUCGAACACACGCGUGUCCGUUUUCAGGGCUACCACGAGUUUAAAAUGAGGAAGAAACUGGAUUUUGAGUGGCUUAAGGAUGCCCAGUACCAAUACAGGCCAGGACCGGCCAAAACGGUUUUCAUGCCUGACAGGGUGCAAGUCAUCACAACGCACAAGGUCCGCGAGUUUCGUAAACCACAUAGAUCGUAUAGAGUAGAUAGAAAUGACGCGCUAUUGUACCAUGCUCGUUCUAACUGGGUUUUCACCACACUCCUGAAUAAAACCUACAAUUCAACUAAUAAAUUCAAAAAAUAUGUUACGCCGGUUUUCAAACAAUACGAAAGUAUAUUAUCCCAAGUAUCGUGGCCCGAACGGAAUCUUAUUAAUAUAUGGAAAAGUCAUUCCGGAAAGAUUGAAAAAUGCCUUAGCGAAUGGCGAAAAUAUGGUUGCAAAGUGCCAUAUCAUCUGUGUUGGCAAGCCAUGAAGGAUCAGGAGGACUGGAUUUUCAGCCAUACGAAUGUGACGAACGAAUAUACUGUGUUGUGA